AUGGAGAAAUCUCGCCUGCGCGUGAUUAUAUGGAAUGAAUUCAAACGCGGAAAUACUGCGGCAGAAACCUUCAGAAUCAUAAACGAAAAUGAGGGUAAGAAUGUUGUGAGUUAUUCUACGGUGACCCGAUGGUUCGCAAAGUUUCGUGUGGACGAUGAGAAGCUUGAAGACAAACCACGUGCAGGAAGACCCAGCAAACUUGACAAAGAUGCCCUGAGGCGCAAGAUUGAAGAUGACCCACAUAUUACAAUCCGGGAGUUAGAAGAGUUACUAAACUGUGGAAAAAGUACCAUUGAUGAUCAUUUGAAGGCAAUGGGUAUGGUCAAAAAGUUGGACAAAUGGGUGCCUCACAAUUUGACCGAUCUGCAAAAAGCCAAGAGACGGUGUGCUUCCGAAAAGCUUCUGCAACGCUGCAAAAACGAAGAAUUCUUGGAUCGAAUUGUAACUAUUGACGAGAAGUGGAUCUCGUUUAACAAUACUAGAAGAUCUACAAGUUGGUGUAAGCGUGGAGAAGCUCCUAAGCCCGUUCCGAAGCCAGAAUUGCACGAAAAGAAGCUUAUGGUGACUGUCUGGUGGUGUAGCUCUGGAGUGAUCCAGUACGAUUUCAUGAAACCUGGCCAAAGUAUUACGGCCGACACCUACUGUGCCCAGAUUGACAAACUGCGACACAAUCUUCCAACAAUGGUCAGAAGGAGGGGUCCGAUCAUUCUGCAGGAUAACGCACGGCCCCAUGCUGCAAAGAAGACCGUGGCAAAAUUCAGGGAACUGGGAUACGAAGUCUUGGAGCACCCUCCUUAUUCUCCAGACUUGGCUCCAACGGACUUUCACCUUUUUAAACACUUGUCUUCGUUUCUUAAUGGAAGAAUCUUCAAAACUCCGGACGAUGCCAAGAAUGCCUUCAAGAACUUCAUCAACUCCAGAAACCCGGAAUUCUACAAUCGUGGAAUAAAAAAGCUUUAUCGUUGGCAAGACUGUAUUGAUUCAGACGGUAAUUACUUUGAUUGA